AUGGCGCCGCCCAUCGUCUGUGGGAUCGCGAGCGCCCUUGACGGCGGGAAGGGCCGAAUCAGGGAGGCGGUGGAGGCCGUCUGGGACGGCAACGGCGCCGGAGCGCUACACGUCGCCGCCGCACACGGGAGGACACGGGUGUGUGCUUACCUAGUUGAGGAGCUUCAGAUGGAUGUCAACGAUACUGCCGUCCUGUCAGGUGAUACACCUCUCACCUAUGCAGUUCGUUCAAAAAAAAAUGUGGAUGCUGUGAGGUAUCUUCUAGAUCAUGAUGCUGAUCCAAAUAAGCGUGUGCAUCAUGGGUGUACCCCACUAAGUAUCGCAGUUGGAAAAGGAAUAUGUGUAAUGGUAGAGCUCUUGCUCUCAAAAGGAGCUGAUGUUAAUUCUUUGUCUUGCGGCGGGACGCCACUGCAUGUUGCUGCAACGGAAAAUCAUGGUGCUGUUAUGAAGAUUUUACUAGACUACAAUGCAGAUGAUCACCCUGUGUACAAAAUGGAUCUGGCUGAUUUGAAGUUAGAAGGAAGCAAGGCAUACAACAAAAAGGAUUAUUCUACUGCAGUAAAACUCUACUCCGUGGCUAUAAUGAAAUCCGAUUCUGGCGAUGCAACAUUGCUUUCAAAUAGGAGCCUUUGUUUUAUUAAAAUGGGUGAAGGAGACAAGGCUUUGGUUGAUGCUGAAGCUUGUAGGGCUCUGCAGCCUUAUUGGCCAAAAGCCCGCUUCAGACAAGGGAUUGCUCAUAUGCUCUUGAAGAGAGGCUUUGAACUCCUUGAAGAUAUCUCGUGCGACAUGACAACAAAGCUCUCGGAAUUGUCCCUUGCCCACAGCCACAAGAAUAUUAUGCAAGACUUGCAUGGGAGUCCCGCUUAA